AUGGAGUCUUCGCGCGCGCCCGCGCUGCGCCGCCUGCUGCCGCCGCUGCUGCUCCUGCUGCUGCCACUGUCCCCCCGUGCCCGGGCCAAGUACGUGCGGGGCAAUCUUAGCUCCAAGGAGGACUGGGUGUUCCUGACAAGAUUUUGUUUCCUCUCCGAUUAUGGCCGACUGGACUUCCGAUUCCGAUACCCUGAGGCCAAGUGCUGCCAGAACAUCCUCCUCUAUUUCGAUGAUCCAUCCCAGUGGCCAGCCGUGUACAAGGCAAGGGACAAGGACUGCUUGGCUAAGGAGUCUGUGAUCAGGCCCGAGAACAACCAGGUCAUCAAUCUCACCACCCAGUAUGCCUGGUCAGGCUGUCAGGUGGUGUUAGAGGAGGGAACUCGCUACCUGAGCUGCUCCAGUGGCCGCAGCUUCCGUUCUGUGCGUGAAAGAUGGUGGUAUAUCGCACUCAGCAAGUGUGGGGGAGACGGGCUGCAGCUGGAGUAUGAGAUGGUCCUUACCAAUGGCAAGUCCUUCUGGACACGGCACUUUUCAGCAGAUGAAUUCGGGAUCCUGGAGACAGAUGUGACCUUUCUCCUCAUCUUCACCCUCAUCUUCAUCCUCUCUUGUUACUUUGGAUAUUUGCUGAAAGGCCGACAGUUACUCCACACGACUUAUAAAAUGUUCAUGGCUGCAGCAGGAGUGGAGGUUCUGAGCCUCCUGUUCUUUUGCAUCUACUGGGGCCAGUAUGCCACGGAUGGCAUUGGCAAUGGGAGCCUGAAGAUUUUGGCAAAGCUGCUCUUCUCCUCCAGUUUCCUCAUCUUCCUGCUCACACUCAUCCUUCUGGGGAAGGGAUUCACAGUGACACGAGGCCGCAUCAGCCACUCGGGCUCCGUGAAGCUGUCCGUGUACAUGACCCUGUACACUCUCACCCAUGUGGUGCUGCUCACCUAUGAGGCAGAAUUCUUUGAUCCAGGCCAGGUACUGUACACAUACGAAUCUCCAGCUGGUUACGGGCUCAUCGGGCUGCAGGUGGCAGCCUACGUGUGGUUCUGCUAUGCUGUGCUGGUGUCCCUUCGUCACUUUCCUGAGAAGCAGCCCUUUUAUGUGCCCUUCUUUGCUGCCUACACUCUCUGGUUCUUUGCUGUCCCUGUCAUGGCCCUGAUCGCCAAUUUUGGGAUCCCGAAGUGGGCCCGAGAGAAGAUCGUCAACGGCAUCCAGCUGGGGAUCCACUUGUAUGCCCACGGCGUGUUUCUGAUCAUGACUCGCCCAUCCGCGGCCAACAAGAACUUCCCAUACCAUGUGCGAACUUCGCAGAUCGCCUCGGCUGGGGUCCCUGGACCCGGAGGGAGUCAAUCCGCAGAUAAGGCGUUCCCGCAGCACGUCUAUGGAAACGUGACGUUCAUCAGCGACUCGGUGCCCAACUUCACGGAGCUCUUCUCCAUCCCCCCGCCCACCUCCUCUGCCGGGAAGCAGGUGGAGGAGACAGCGGUGGCGGCGGCGGCGGCAGCUGCCCCGAGGGGCCGCGUGGUGACCAUGGCCGAGCCGGGCGCAGCCUCCCCGCCCCCUCCCGCUCGGUACUCCAAGGCGGUCGACUCGGGCUGGGAUGGCCCGACGCCGUCCUACCAGCCGCUCGUACCCCAGACGGCUGCGCCGCACACCGGCUUCACCGAAUACUUCAGCAUGCACACGGCCGGGGGCCCUGCACCCCCGGUCUGA